AUGGCCGCCGUUGGCAUGUUUGACUGCAACACCAGAUUCUUCUCAGGGGUCAGGACCCUGCCCAAGCAGUACUGGGGCAUCUGGCCAAAGGUGACAUCAUUGACAACACAGAUUUGUUUGUCAUUGAUACCUGUGGAAACAACAGAUAUGGAUUAAAAAUGUAUUAUCUGAAGGAUGGAGGCAUUGUUUAAUUACCUGUAAAUUAAAUAAUCUUGAGGCACUGUACCAAUGCUAUUCUUCGUCUGCUAGGUGGGAAUGUGACUCAACUAUUAGUAAAUGAAUAGACACUGUGUGUGUGUGUGUGUGUGUGUGUGUGUGUGUGUGUGUGUGUGUGUGUGUAUGUAUGUAUGUGUAUGUUUGCAUGUGUGCGAAUAUGCAUGCCUCUUUGUGUCUCUGGGUGCAUCAAACUUACCCUUGACGUGCCUGACCCUCUGUGGGUGGGGGUUGUUCCUACAGAAGAAGGGGCUGUGGCUGGGUGCUCCGAAGCGGGCACUGCUGCGCUGGGUGGAGAGGGUCACUCUGGGCUUGUGGCAUAGCGGGCUAUCCUCUGCCACUUUCAGGGACACAGUGGUGAGCUCACGAUUGCCCAGAGAGAAGGGCGAGGCAUGGGGAUGCCUGGACACACUGGGCUCUGGCCUGGGUAGAAAGGUCUCACAGUGAAGGUCUGGAGGUACAGUAGGCUAGCAGUAGAAGUGGUUGUAGUUUUAAUGGUAGCAGUAUUAGGCCUAGUUGCAGAGGGCUCUAUUUUAACAAACGUAAUGCAAAGGUGAAUCUUAGCGCUGGCAGUAGUGUUAUAGAUUCAGGGCUGAGUCUGAAAUAUUUUGGCUAUUUUCACAACCAGUUUUUAUGAAUAAACAAGUUGUGGGUGUGUCAAGGCUUGGCCCCUCACUGGCCAACGUGCUCCAUGGCUAAAUAUGUGGUUGCUUCAAAUAGUGUAUUUAAGGUCAUUUAUCCUAUUGCGUUUUCACCAACUCUAAUGUUAAUCCGUUAUAGCCUAAUUCGUUAAAUAGCCUGCCCCAUAUUUGCAAAAUAUUGUUUUACAUGUUUGCAGUCCACAUUGUUCAAAUUGGAUUUCUUCAAUAUGGAAAAAUAUUGUUAAACAUAGGCUACAGCGUCGCACUGAUAUAAGGGCUAGGCCUACUGUAAAUUGCAGUCUGGACUUGCAGUCAAUAAGCAAGAUUACAUUCACUAGGCUAUUGAUAAGGCCUAAAAAGACAGUGUAUAAUUCUAAUCAAAUUCUUAUAAAAACGAAAUAACAACUUGUUUUAAAUAGGCUAUGUCUAAAUACAGUUAUAGGCACCAUAACUGUUCCUCGUGGGCAUAUAAUACAGAUAAAGAGAAAGGGGCAAUGUCCACUCACCGUUAUACUGCUCGCAAUCGCAAAUGUAAUGUUUUAUAAACAUCAUGGAACCAUUUUACAGAUUAUUUUUGCACUUCUCCAGAAGUAGCAGACAAAAUGAUACGUUCUCGCCAUAAAACAGUAGCAGUGCAUGGGUAAAAUCACUGGGGAAGUGUCACGAUCGUUGAGAGACGGGUCGGACCAAGGUGCAGCGUGAAAAGCGUACAUGUUUAUUUACUCAAUAAACAUACAACAAAACAAGAAACAACGUAACGUGAAGUCCUAAGGCUAUACACGCCUAAACGGAACAAGAUCCCACAAUACACAGUAGGCAAUGGGCUACCUAAGUCUGAUCCCCAAUCAGAGACAACGAGCGACAGCUGCCUCUGAUUGGGAAUCAUACCCGGCCAGACAUAGAAAUAGAAAACUAGAACAUAAACAUAGAAUAUCUAACAUAGAUUUCCACACCCUGACUCAACAAACUAGAGAUCUAUAGGUCAGGGCGUGACAGUACCCCCCCCCCCAAAGGUGCGGACUCCGGCCACACAAACCUGACAUGACAGGGGAGGGUCCGGGUGGGCUUUCAGCCUCGGAGGCGGAUCUGGCUCCGGGCGUGACGACCUCUCCCUCUCUGCCUCCCCGUUGCGCCCCUGGUCUGGUCUGGACCUCGGCGCGAUGCUUCCCCUCUCCUUCCUCCCACGAUGCACCAAGCCCUGUCUGGACCCUGGUGUGGGAGACCCCGAACCUGGAGAGGGGCUGACGUCUGGGCCUGGAUCGGCAAUCCUCCCGCGAUGCACCAAGCCCUGUCUGGACCCUGGUGUGGGAGGCCCCGACCCUGGAGAGGGGCUGACUUCUGGGUCUGAAGUGGAGCCGCUGACCGGAGCUGAACUGGACCCCGGUGGAGCGGACUGCUCUGGCUCCGGAGUGGAACCGCUGACCGGAGCUGGACUGGAAACCGGUGGAGCGGACUGCUCUGGCUCCGGAAUGGAGCAGCUGACCGGAGCUGGACUGGGCACCGGUGGAGCGGGCUGCUCUGGCUCUGGAGUGGAGCAACCGACCGGAGCUGGAUCAGGCACCGGUGGAGCGGAUUACUCUGGCUCCGGAGUGGAGCAGCUGACCGGAGCUGAACUGGACCCCGGUGGAGCGGACUGCUCUAGCUCCGGAGUGGAGCCACCGACCGGAGCUGAACUGGACACCGGUGGAGCGGACUGCUCUGGCUCUGGAGUAGAGCAAACUUCCGGACCCAUAUCCAUCUCCAUCUCUGGAGCAGGACUAAACGCUGUGCCCAGCCUGGGCACCGACGCAGAGGAAAAUUCCAGCCCUGUAGUAGGACUGGUUGCCGGCCCCAGACUGGGCACCGACACGUUUAGGAGCUCCUGCUCCAAAACGGGGUUGCAUGUUGUGCCCAUCCGGGGCACCGACGCAGAGGUGGUUUCCAACCCUGUAGUUGGGCUGGGUUGCCGGCCCCAGACUGGGCACCGACACGCUAAAGUGCUCCCUGCAGGGGACCGUCGCUGGAGGUCGGGUGAGUUGUGUGGUUGGAGGAGGUGUAGAAACGUACACCUCUCUCCCAUCGCUCCAAUGUACUCACCACGCGCUCCAUUGCGCUGCCGAGAGCCUUGAUCCUGCUCGCCUGCCUUUGGAUACGUUCCUCCAACGAUCCGGACGGACCGACUGUACCUGCUGACUCCAUUUUAGGUGUGUGUUUCUGUCCUGGAACGGGCCGUGCCGGACUGGGAACACGCACCACUGGCUUGGUGCGAGGAGCAGGCACGGGCCGAGCCGGACUGGGAACACGCACCACUGUCUUGGUGCGAGGAGCAGGCACAGGCCAUGCUGGACUGGGAACACGCACCACUGGCUUGGUGCGAGGAGCAGGCACGGGCCAUGCCGGACUGGGAACACGCACCACUGGCUUGGUGCGAGAAGCAGGCAACGGGGCGUACCUGGCUGAUAACUGCCGUUGGAGAUCCACGACUGUUCCAGUCCUUCUCUCUCCACGCCCAAUCCUCCUCCAGUGAGGACUCCUCCGGUUAGGGAACAGAAACUCAUCGUCGUCGUCAUCCUCCGACUCCUCAGUGUAACACUGUUCCCAUUCCUGUUCCCAUGGUCAUAGGGACUCCAACUGGAACCUCACCGGGUGCAGUAGUCGGGGCUCUUCUCUCUCGAUCCCUGACCACCCCUUUAGCCCCCCUAAAAAAAAAUAUUGGGGCUGCCUCUCGGGCCUCCUCCUCGUUGCUCCUCUCCUACCCGGGCUUCCUCUGUAUGUUCCCAAGGACGGUGAUCCAUCCCAGCCUGGAUCUCCUCCCAUGUCCAAUAUCCCUUACCAUCCAGGAUCUCCUCCCAUGUCCAGGAUGUCUGUUCCUGGCCACGCUGCUUGGUCCUCGUUUGGUGGGAUCUUCUGUCACGAUCGUUUAGAGACGGGUCGGACCAAGGUGCAGCGUGAAAAGCGUACAUGUUUAUUUACUCAAUAAACAUACAACAAAACAAGAAACAACGUAACGUGAAGUCCUCAGGCUAUACACGCCUAAACGGAACAAGAUCCCACAAUACACAGUAGGCAAUGGGCUACCUAAGUAUGAUCCCCAAUCAGAGACAACGAGCGACAGCUGCCUCUGAUUGGGAAUCAUACCCGGCCAGACAUAGAAAUAGAAAACUAGAACAUAAACAUAGAAUAUCUAACAUAGAUUUCCACACCCUGACUCAACAAACUAGAGUUCUAUAGGUCAGGGCGUGACAGGAAGCCAGAAACAAAAGCCAUAUUACAACCUUCAGGUAUGUGAUAAUUGCGUUGUUUGCUCUGUAACCUGUUAGUUCAUGUGCCUUACGACCAUGAUAUAUAGGCCUAAAGGCUGAGACAAUAAGAAGACGCAGUGGCAGAAUAAAUUCAACCACACCUUUGUUUCAUCACAAAACCGGAGAACAACCUCUGUCUGGUGAAGUCCACAAAGCAUAUUUCAUGUAACAAACAGUUACAUGACCUACAGCAGGGAUCAUCAACUAGAUUCAGCCGCGUGCCGAUUUUUUCUGGAGCGGAUGGUUGUGGGGCCGGAACAUAAAUUCACUCUGGCUAUCUACUCUGAUUUCAGAGCACUCUGUCUGAGUGUGCCAGAGCGCAGAAUAAGUGAUUCAUUUCCAAAUGUGCAACACCUGUUGAAUAUGACCGGUGUCAGUAACCGUCUGCAAAAUAAAUUUAAAUAAUUGUUGCCAGCAGCACAGUUACAGUCACUAACACUCUAGAUAACAUGAAAACAGCCUAACCAGCUCUGCUAGGGCGAGUAAAAUGGACAGAGUUAGGUGUUCUCUCAUUUGUGUCUGGAAGUAGCUAGCAAGCAAGCCAACUUUAGCCACUUAGCUUAGGUGCUUGUCAACCCUUGGCCAGAGCGUCCAGUGUGCGCUCUGAACGCUCCAAGAGUGAAAUGCUCUGAAUUUACGAACAAUCUUACUUCUAAGGCUAUUGUUUAUUUCAAGACACAAUCUGUCAUCCCUGAGGCCAUUUUGGAUAUAAAAUGGACAAUAUACAGUAUAUGCAGUGAUUCUUGAAUAUAACUAUAGCCUAAUAGAUGCCUUAACUGUUUUCUACCAACAGGAAAGAACGGUUAAUACAGCAUGCCAAACUGACCCCUGGGUUCCUGUGCUGCGGUGGAGAAGAUAUCCACCGGGACCAUCACUAAAGAGCUCGAGGCCCAGCUAUAUUGCGCUCACGACCAUCACUAUACAACCGAGUCCUGCCCCUAUCCGCAAAGAUCAGGACUCACUGUCUGAACCUGAGAGCUCAGAAUCACAAUUUAUUUUACCUUUAUUUAACUAGGCAAGUCAGUUAAGAACAAAUUCUUAUUUACAAUGACAGCCUACACCGGUCAAACCCGGACGAAGCUGGGCCAAUUGUGCUCCGCCCUAUGGGACUCCCAAUCACGGCCGUUGCGAUACAGCCUGGAAUCGAACCAGGGAGUCUGUAGUGACGCCUCAAGCACUGAGAUGCAGUGCCUUAGACCGCUGCGCCACUCGGGAGCCACAAUCAUUACAGUGCGAGCCAAGAGAUACUAUCGAAGCGUGUGUGCAAGAUCCAAAAUACAUAGUCCUUGAUAGCAAGCUGAAGGAGUUGUUCAAUGUCUGCAAUGAGCCACGAUGUCGAGCAGGUGUCAUCAGUUCAUCCCUGAAAAUAAAUAUUUUUGCCAUCACCAUGGAAACAGUGUGAUGUGGGCCACAGGAGGAAGUGGGAGUCCCAGACCAGAGUGGGAAAGUUGUUUGCAGGGAAUCUGUUUGUGCCAUCACUGGUCUUCCUUACUGGCGGCUCCCACUCCAUAUUUGUGGAAACAUGUCACCUCCUCAGCCUGGUAUCUAUGUCACUGCGACAGUUCGCAAACCAACAGCGCAUCUACAUUGUGCCAGAGGUUAACCACAUGUGGACCCAGCACACAGAGGGCAUUCUGGAUACAAUUGGUGACAGUCCACUGAUCGUAUCUUGAGCCAGGCCAUUGUGCCUGGUUUGGCACUUACACCAUCCUGGACUGCUUCCCACCUGAUCCUCACCCAGGAGACUGUGCAUGUGACCGAAGUGAAGAACAGUUACUGGUUGGAGACUGAGGGAUUAGAGAGAUGCCUGCAACACAUUGAG